UUGACCCGUCGCAUCCCCCGGGGUGGGGUGGUGCGUCGGUGCUAAGAAACCAACCAGCCACCAAUUCUCCAAUAGAAAACCAUCCAUCUCCACUUCCAUUCGCAUCCUCCUCCUCACUUCCCCAGAUCCAAAUCGCGCGCGAGAGAGCAAAGGGAGGAAGAAAGAGAUCUCGCCGAGCGCCACCCCGAAUCCGCCAUGGCCUCGGCAGCGCCGCCCCUCCUCCCCACCACCGUCCCGGCCGCCGCGCCCGCCACCGUCCUCCCCGCCGCCCCGGACGCCGCCGCCACCUCCAUCGCCUCCCCGGACCCGGCCGCCACGCGCGCCUUCCUGGGCCGCCUCUACGACUCCGCCAAGCGCUCCCUCUCGGGCGCCCGCCCCUGGCCCGAGCUCCUGGACCGCGCCGCGCUCUCGCGCCCGGACUCCCUCUCCGACGCCACCGCCCGCCUCCGCAAGAACCUCGCCUACUUCCGCGUCAACUACGCCGCGCUCGUCGCGCUCUCCCUCGCCGUCUCCCUCCUCGCGCACCCCUUCUCCCUCGCCGCCCUCCUCGCGCUCCUCGCUGCCUGGUGCUUCCUCUACCUCCUCCGCCCCGCCGACGCCGCCCCGCUCAACGCCUUCGGCCGCACCUUCUCCGACAGGGAGACGCUCGGGGGCCUCAUCGCCGCCUCCGUCUUUGUCGUCUUCCUCACGUCUGUCGGUGGGAUCAUCUUCUCCGCGCUGGCGCUCGGCGCCGCCGUCGUCUGCGCGCACGGGGCCUUCCGCGUCCCCGAGGACCUCUUCCUCGACGAGGUACCCGACCAGGGCAUCGUAGGAAACGCCGCCACCCUCAACCUCCUCUCCUUCAUCAACGGCGCUGCCGGAGGAGGAGGACGCGUCUGAGCCAGCCUCCUGUCCUCAGCUCUCUGAUCUGCUACUCGGAAGAGACAAGUAAAGUCUGGCUGGUUGAUUCGUUUUUUCAGAAACGAAAUACUUCUACUUGUUUAAGAUCAUACUACGCGUUGCCUUUAGGAGCGUGAGGAGGAGAUUUAGAAGAGGAUGCAUUGGAGUUAUACUACAAACAGAGGAUAUACACAUAAAAAGGAACCUUGGGAUCUAGUUUUGUUUCAUUUUGCAUUUGAUAUUGCUGUAUGAUGACAAAGUUGAGCUUAUUAGUAUUGAUAUUCAUAUGAUAUGUAUCUCCUUGUUACUAGCAUACAGAACAAAAUAAAUUGCUGCUCCUCGUCUUAGCAUGAAAUGAAAUAUAUGAUGGUUAAUUACACCAUUUCUUUUCAA